AAGGUUGACGACAGAAAUGAGAUAAAACACAUUUCUUUUCCCUCCUUCCUGCUCCCUCUCAAUUGCUGGGAGCGACAUUUGAUAAUAAAAAAUCGUCAAGCAUGUCGGAAUUUCGAAUCUACUCUGCCAUUCUCUUCCUGGCCGUCUCCGCCACACUCCUAGGUUCCGGGUCUUGUACUAGACUGGGUAUAAACUUGGGCGGCGGCAUAGGUAGACAAAUAAGUAAAGCGCUACUGUCUCACGAGUUCAUCGUUUCCCACAAUGCCGUCAGGAUAUCUAUGGGAAUGAAACCUCUGCUCUGGGACAGAAAAUUGGCCAAAUAUGCUCGGCGGUGGGCCAAUCAGCGGACUGACGACUGCGCAUUGAAACACAAUCCUCAAAGCCCCUACGGCGAGAACAUGUUCUGGAGUUUAAAACCCCACUGGACUCCGGCCGCCGUUGUUAAAGAAUGGGUUGACGAAAAGCCCUAUUACGAUCGGAGCACAAACCAGUGCACCAACGGCCGCAUUUGUGGUCAUUAUACUCAGGUUAUAUGGCAUGAUACCAAAAAGGUAGGUUGCGCUCGCGUUGAGUGCAACGCUGGUAAAGGCUUUCUCUACGUUUGCUCUUACGAUCCGCCUGGGAAUAUUUACCAUGAGGGUCCCUUCGGUGGUCAGUUUAGCAAAUCUAUUGUAAGUCCUCCCUAGUUAUUUAUAACAUCGAUUUUGCUUUUGCAACAGCUCUCUUUCUUCCUCUCUCUGGGCACCUGUCGUGCUCUGUCCCGGCAGCGUUAUAUUAUUAAUCCUUAUGUAUUAAUCAAAUAUUAUUUCCUUCCUUCUAAAUUAAGAAAGCAUGUGUUUAUCCAGCACUUUUCCUUA